UGCGCGGCUCGUGGAGCGCGCAGCGAUCAGUGACCGAGCAGCGCCACCUGUCAGUGUCCAUCAGUGCCAGCUCUCAGUGCUCAUCCAUGACACCUGCCAGUUCCCAUCAGUGCCACAUCAAUGCCACAUAUCAGUGCCCAUCUGAGCUGCCUUUCAGUGUCACCCAUCAGUGCCAGUCAGUGCCGCCUAUCAGUGCCAGUCAGUGCUGCCUAUCAGUGUGCAUCAGUGCUGCCUAUCAGUGUGCAUCAGUGCCGCCUAUCAGUGCCAGUCAGUGCUGCCUAUCAGUGCCGCCUAACAGUGCCAGUCAGUGCCGCCUGUAAGUGCCAGUCAGUGCCGCCUGUAAGUGCCAGUCAGCGCCACCUAUCAGUGCCAUAUAUGAGUGCUGCCUUUCAGUGCCCAUCAGAGAUGCCUGUCAAUGCCCAUCAGUGCCACCUACCAGUGCCUCCUCAUCAG